AUUCAGCCUAGUGCGUAAACACAAACAAUAUUAUUAUGUGUGAAAUCCAUCACAAUGCAUGAAAUAACGAUCAAUUAGAGCAAACAGUCGAACAAUGAUGCCAAUCAUCUCGGUCGAGCGAACUAAAUCUGUUUUUGGAUGAGUUUUGGUAUGUCAGCCGCGUCACACGCCGAAUGUCAUUGGAUUUAUAAAUACAAUCAGCUCCAGAAAUAGGUGGCUACAGGUUUUCCAGGCGUACCGACCUAAAAUAAAGCAGCCUGGAUUCGUUAACAAUAUAAUUGUCUCCACUUGGUACGUGCAACGAACUAGUGAGCGUAAGAAGUUUGUUAGUGGUUUUUAUAAAGUAAAUACUUGUGGCCAUGGACGAUGAGGAUGUACAACAGUUUUCUUUGCGCUGGCACAAUCAUCAGAACAGCUUGAUUGGAGCCCUAGGUCGUAUGUUGAGUACGGGGGCCCUGACUGACGUCACACUGAGCGCUAGCGGGACUUCUGUGAAGGCCCAUAGGCUUGUCCUAGCUUCUUGCAGCCAAUACUUCGCUCAACUUUUUAAGGAGGUGGAAGCUGAAAACAACACCCUGGUGGUGGUGCUGGGGUGUGAUGCCACCGAGCUACGUCUCCUCCUCACAUUCAUGUACACCGGGGAAGUGACGGCCUCCAAGAAGAUCCUCCCGUCCCUCCUACGACUUGCACAAACCUUGAAGGUUUCUGGACUUACUGAUGCCGAUACGAACUCAACACUAACGCCGACUGAAACCGAAACUCCAGACGAAUAUCAUAAAACAAAUAUACCUGAAUCUCCUGUUAACCUGGAAGUCAAGAACGAGCCAGCAUCCCAAGCCAUCAACGACAACUCGAGUUCAAGUUCCAAACUCAACUACGACGACAUAAUAUCACCAACCAAUGAAAAAGAUGGGAGUUUUGCCGACUUUAUGGGUAAAAGUGAAAAGGAUCGACUAAGCAAAUUGGAUCAGAUUGUCCAAAAUUUGUAUAGCACGCACAAGAUUGGCAACCCUACUGCUACUCUGGUGAAUUCUGGAGUUACAGAAAUACCGGAGUACGACAGAAAAUGGCGGAUGAAUAGCUCGGUAUGUACAAUCUGUAACAAGAGACUGUCGAACCAGUACAACUUGCGCGUGCACAUGGAAACACACGCGGGCCGCCGCCAUGCUUGCCGCGCAUGCUCACACGUGUCGCGGUCCAGGGACGCGUUGAGGAAACAUGUCGCCUACAGACAUGCGCCCCCGCAACACAGGGCCGGACGAGGCGACAUCUGAACGAAUUUGGACCAAAACGUAGAUACUAUUAUUAAUUGGGUUUCUUUUCUUAUCUGGGUAAUUUUAUCUUGAAACUUACCAAUUAGAUUGUAUGGUUUACUUAUUUACUUAUGACAUUUUUAAAAUAUGUACUUACAUGUUGAAAUAUUAGCUUUGACUGGCUACUACAACUGACGGCUCGUCAGUAUCGAUAUCGACAGUUGUGUUGUGUUCAUUCUGCUCAUUAUUAUAAGCCCUCAGUGUAGCUCGAAAUUUAUCGAGUGACUCCGUCGAUUAUAAACGAGAGUAAACCAUACAAACUAAUUCAAUUUUAUUUUUCCGUGUUUUGUUAAUCUCUUAAUUUUCUUGUAAUUUAUUAGAAAGUUUAAUUUUUGGUUUUCCAAAUUAAAUUGUGCUCAAAUUAUAUGGACAUAUUCUACCCAAAUAGUAAAAUACCAACAAAAAUUCAAAUAUCGAUAAAAGGCCAUAAUAAUUAAAGACAAUAAAUAGGUACCAAGUUAAUGCUUAUUUAAUUUAAUAAAACUAUAUUUGGGCCAAAUAUUUCUGUGAAAACACUAUAAAGCAAAAUUUCAGAAAAACUAACGGCCACUUUUUUAUUUUUUGAACAAAGCUCAAUUCCAUAUUGUAACACAUGGUUAACAGAAUAACAUUUUGUUUAAGUACCUUUACUUCAAAACCCUGUACUUCAAAACGCAAUUAUCUAGCUACCAUCAAAAUCAUAAUAAUAUUACUUAUUGAUAUUUAAUAUUAAUAAUAUCCAGUAAAUUACCAAAUAAUAGUUACCUUCAAAUACUGAUUACUUUUACAAAAGUGUGACUACAAUUUUGAGUGUUUGCGAGCAUUAAUGCUCAAUGUAAAAUUUUAUGCUCAUGCUCUUAAUGAGGCAAAAAGAACAGAACCAUUUUUUGUAUAAUGCUCAGAAAUUAAUGCUCGCACUAAUGUCACGCUCUAAGCAUAAAAUAUAAAAUUUUAUUCAUCGAAAGUGAGUAAAAUCGACAAAACUCUCGAAUACCCACCGAAGGUAUUUAUUACCAAAGUAAAUGAAAAAGACGUUUUACUUAAACAUUAUUUUUUUUUUUGAGUGUAAUAUUGUAUUUUGUUAUCAUUUCAUUCAUUGAUUUUUUUAUUAAGCUAUUGCAUAACUUCUAUGCACAGGCCUUGAGCGUAGAAACCGAAUUCAGAAAUUCCGUAACGAAAAAAACCUAACACCCCCCACCCUUAGAACAAUUUGACAGUUCAUAAUUAAAGUGGCGCCAUCUUGCAUCAGCUUGACAAAAAAGUUCAACCAAAACUUAAAAGGUGGCGUUACUAUCGCAUAUGUUCUAAAAAUGUUGAUAAAAAUGCUAUGCAAUAGCUUUACCGCGGCAGUCUCCGAGUGCCCAACGUAUUUUUUUUUUAAUAUCUACGGUGACGUAGUUAUAUUUUGUUUAAUCGACCUUAUCAGUGCGUAAUAAGGUCGUAAUUUAAGUGUUCGACUAUUUCAAUAGCUCAAUACGCCACAUAUACACAGUGGCGAAUUUGACCGUUAUUGUUCAAAUACUCAAACGCCACUCAAUUUUAAGUCGCUCUCAAAAACUGUUCUGUCUCUAUUAAUUCUAUAAAACUUAAUAUUGAAUAGCAUUUCAGUAUUUGGGGGCAUGUGUUAUAGAACAAUUUUACAAUGCUAGUAAUUUUUACUCUGUAUUUAUUAUCCAUGUAAAAGAUAUUUUUAGGAGUGUUGUGUAACAUAAUAUUCAAUUUAUUUUAUAAUAUUCUGUGAUACAGGAACUAACGACGAUUUUUUAUCAGAACCCUUAGUAUGGGUAUGCUUUACGUUUUAAAUAAUCGAAAUGAGAGCGCGUUCGGCGUUCUUAUUGGUUGGUUUAUGCGAGCCGGCCAAUCAGAGCGCUGAACGCACUUUCGUUUCGAUUACUUUAAACGUAAAUUAAACUCAUAUUAAGGGUACAGAAUGUCUCAUAAAAUCACCAAAUUAUAGAAUUUGGCAGUUUCCUCAGUCAAAAAUAAAUUGUUUCGUCUUUUCAAUACCAUAAAAUAAUCAAAAAUAAUCACAUUUCCAUUCAUUAAUUUGAUAAAAUCUACUUCAUUUUCGAUUGUUUGUGGUAAAAAUAUGAUGAAGUCAUAGCAUAUUUUUACCAGUAUAUCAUACAAAAUUCAUAGAAAAUUUAAUUUUAUGAAGUUUCCUAGUAUUCAAUUUGACUGGAAGAGGGAAACUAGCCUGUUACAAUGAACAAUAAGCUAGUUUCCUACUAGUCAAAUUCAAUACUUUUUUCGAAACGUCAAAAACUAUACAGUGAAACCUCGUUAAGUGAGACAUCAAGGGACCUUCAAAUUGGUAUCACUUAUCUUAGCCCAGUGUCUCAGAUAACCAGGUAUAAAUAAACAUUUGUGUCAUUUACAGAGGAUUCCAUUAAUGGAGGUGAACAUACGGGUUAUUUUAGAGGUGUGAUUCUUAAAUAAAACAAUGUGUUAUGUGCACAUUAUAAAUGAAUAAGAAUAGGUAAAUCAACAAACAAAACGAUGUUGUCUCAGUUACUGAGGUUUAUGCAUUAAAAUUAACUUGCUGUCUCAGUUAUAGAGGGAACUAAGAUGAUAAAUCGAAAGAACGAAUCCCAGAUAUAGAGGGUUGUUUGUCCCACUAAUAGAGGUAAUUCAAUGCCAAUGGGUAGGGACCUCAGUAUGAGUUCCAUUUGUGGAGGUUUCUCACUUAUCCAGGUCCCACUUAACCAAGUUUCACUGUAUUUUCUAUGACCUUUGUAUGAAAUACUCUAUUAUAACGUCAUAAGUUUUUGACGUCAAAUAGUAGACUUAUUUCUAGAAAUUAAGCUAGAAAAAAACGAAAAUUAAGUAGUUCAUCAAAUUUAUGAACGAGAGUGUGAUUAUUUUUGGAUAUUUUGUUGUAUUGAAAAGUUGUAAUAAUUUUUUUUUGACCCAGUCAUCAUCCCUAUUGGUCCUCGUACCAACUUACAAAAAAAACAAUAUGGCGGAUUUUAUGCUUCGCUAGUUCCUAAAAUGUCGUUUCAACAUUUAAUUUACUAUUUUUAUAGUUUCUUUCUGAGACUUUGAGGGAUAUUUAAUUGCAACCAUGUUUCUAGUCAUGUUUUAUUAAACCUACACUCAUAUUUUAGCGUAAGCUAGUAUACAAAAGACAUUAUAUUUAAUUAAAAGACAAUUUAGUUAAGUCCUAAUAAAAUAAAUAUUAUCAAAAAAUUUUGAA